AUGCCAACGGAACAGCCGGUGGAAGAAGUACCUCUGGAAGACGAGGAAACCCGACACAUGUCGGUGGGGGAACUGCGACAACGCAUUCAUCUACUCAACAACGAUAUACGUAUUAUGAAAUCCGACGUGCAUCGCAUCACCCACGAAAGCGUGGGACAGGAAGGUCGCAUCAAGGAGAACUUGGACAAGGUCAAGAUGAACAAACAACUACCCUAUCUAGUUGCUAACGUGAUUGAGAUACUGGAGCCGGAUGCGGAAGACGGCCUCGAAGCCGAAGAGAACGACGCCACGGAUCCCAACGCGGGGCGCAAGAUGCGAUCGGCGGUCGUCCGAACGAGCACUCGACAAACCAUCUUUUUACCCGUCCCUGGUCUCGUCGAUCCCGCCAAACUAAAACCUAGUGAUCUCGUCGGCACCAACAAGGAAUCCUACCUUAUUCUUGAAAAGCUACCGGACGAAUUUGACUCGCGUGUACAAGCCAUGGAAGUAGACGAACGGCCGACUGAGGAGUACUCCGACAUUGGCGGAGCCGACGAGCAGAUCCAGGAGCUCAUUGAAGCCGUCGUACUCCCCAUGACACACAAGGACAUGUUUGAUACCAUCGGCAUCCGGCCCCCCAAGGGUGUCUUGCUGCACGGUCCUCCCGGUACCGGCAAAACCCUGCUAGCAAGGGCCUGCGCCAACCAAACGAACGCCGUCUUUCUCAAGCUUGCCGGUCCCCAGCUCGUGCAAAUGUUCAUUGGCGACGGCGCCAAAAUGAUACGGGACGCCUUUGAGCUUGCUAAAGCAAAAAUCAAACAGGGAGUGGCUUCGGGUGCCAUUCUCUUUAUCGACGAAAUCGACGCGAUCGGUACCAAGCGAUUCGGUGGCGACCAGAGCGGCGACCGCGAAGUUCAACGCACCAUGCUCGAGUUGUUAAGUCAAUUGGACGGGUUCAGUAGCAACGAAAUGAUAAAGGUCAUUGCGGCUACCAAUCGUCCGGACGUGUUGGAUCCAGCCUUGCUGCGGUCGGGUCGUUUGGAUCGCAAAAUUGAACUACCGCAUCCCAACGAAGAAGCCCGAGCCAAAAUUAUGCGAAUUCACGCACGCAAAAUGAACGUGUCGAGUGAAGUCGUUUACGAAGAAUUGGCACGAUCGUGCGAGGAUUUCAAUGGAGCACAACUCAAGGCAGUGUGCGUGGAAGCCGGCAUGUUGGCUCUCCGACGAGAAAUGCCCGAAAUUAUGCACGAAGACUUUGUCGAAGCCAUCACCGUCGUGGCCGCCAAAAAGAAGGGCAGUUUGGAUUAUUUUGCCUAA